AUGGGACAGUCUUGCAUUACCGAGGACUUUGUUGCAUCACUCGCGCAACUACUCAAUACAGCGCAGGUCCCGUGUGUUCUUUGGGGCCACGUUCUCCUCCGCAUUCACGGAGUUCCAACCAUUGUUGGCGCAGUAGAUUUUGUGGUCCCAGAUGAGUUACUCUUAGUUGCCACACAAGCUCUCACACCUCACGAGAAGCUGAUACCUUGUCCCGAUGGCAAGGACUGCGACAUCAUCUCGCCGAGCCGGCCGACUCCUGCUCCUGAGAGCCACCUACAUAUCGAGGGAGCCGAAGAACCGGUCGGCCUUUACUCCCAGUCCGCAACUCUAUGGUUCUUACCGCCCCUACAGGCAGCCCUGACAACGCCGGAUAGAGGCCAACUUCCACCUUACUAUGCCCUUGCCUCGGAUAAGUCUAUUCUGCCUCCUUACAGGCCAGGGAGAGGCUCUGGGUUCUUCAAGUCGACGAUUCACCCUGUUGUUACUGUUCCCUCACAUGUUCUGCUUGAAGCCUUUAUGCGUUUUUGUGCGCGCUAUGUGAACACACCCGCUGGCGGCUUCUCUAUUAGCAUGAUUGCUUAUGUGGGGCUUUAUAUUGAUGAUGAUGGGUACUUGGAUCUCAAGAAGCUCUCAGAGCCACUAUCUUCAUCUUAUCUGGCGCUUAGAGAAGGGAAGAUUCCUGUCCGACAGUGGGUGAACGAGCUGAAGAAGCUACUUGGGGAGCCUGGAUUAUUAACAUGA